UUUGGGUAAUCAUGUCUGGCCGCGGUAAGGGCGGGAAGGGCCUGGGCAAGGGCGGCGCUAAGCGCCACCGAAAGGUGCUGCGCGACAACAUCCAGGGCAUCACCAAGCCCGCCAUCCGCCGCCUGGCCCGCCGCGGCGGCGUCAAGCGCAUCUCCGGCCUCAUCUACGAGGAGACGCGCGGGGUGCUCAAGGUCUUCCUGGAGAACGUCAUCCGCGACGCCGUCACCUACACGGAGCACGCCAAGCGCAAGACGGUCACGGCCAUGGACGUGGUCUACGCGCUCAAGCGCCAGGGCCGCACGCUCUACGGCUUCGGAGGCUGAGCGUCCAGGUUUUCACCUUCGCUUACGAAUCUCAAUCAAAGGCCCUUUUCAGGGCCGCCCAACUAUUCAAAGAAAGAGCUGUGGUAAUGCAAUCUAUUGUAGCAUAGGCCUGAAGACAAAGGAAGCCGACAACGAAAGGCAAAGCUAAGUAUUUCGCCCGCUUAGCUUGUCCUCCCUACUUGAAUACGAAUAGGACAAAAAAAAAAAAAAAAAAGGAUUGUGUAAGGUACUUGAAUCAGUUCCCAGCGAACAAAGAGAAACAUAAGCCUAUCACGAAGCAUAUCCGUGGGUGUCAGCCAAUCAGAACUGAUGACCUAAUGUGGUUCCCGGCGGACUGGGAAGGGGGAUGGGUAAACCGCAAAAUGCAAAGCCGUUUCAGAGAAAAUCUUUUGUGGAUUAUGGAAUAAAAGACAUCUAGAUAUCCCUCAAUCAUGCUGAAUUAUGUUGAAACUGUCGCCACCAAUACAGUGAUGUUGAAGAGAAAAAAAAAAGCAAAUUUAGGCUGCCAGCAUACACAGGAUGCUGUGUUCAGGAGAGAUCAAAAUCAGGGUUUAAGGAGGAAGAACUCUUGUCAACGCAUCCCUCUGCAGUUACCUAUACUUUAUCUUCAUUACAGAAGAAUGAAAGUUAGGGUGGAUGAAAGUGUCCUCUAAAAUUUGUUAUGGUGGUUGAGCUGAAUACACUCAGAUUCAUGAAUUGUACACAAGGUGGGCGAAUUU